GUUAUGCAGAAGCGCUCGCGAUGCGCGGACGUGCGUUGACGUAUUAUUUCUUGUUUACAUAGUUUACACAUUCUGUGCGCGCGUGAUUCUGAGGAAAAACAAGUUAAUAAAUCGUUGAGUUUUUUAUAUUAUAAGUUGUUUUAAAUAUCAAAUGCAAAAAGGACCGUUAAAGAUGCAUAUUUACAGAACACUUUUGACAGCUGUCGGAAUAGUUUUGACAUAUGGCGUUACGGUACUAGCCGAAGAAGAUAUUAAGGGGGAUGACCUUGAAGCUCUCAUACAUGACAUAUUUGGUGAACCCUGUAGUUUACAGAACGACGUUAUUGGUUCUUGUGUGAAAUACUAUCUCUGUAAUGAAAAUGGCACCGUCGUGACUGAUGGCAAAGCCGUCUUAGAAUCUCGGAACAUGCGGGGCACCUGUUCCAACUUCUUAGAUGUUUGUUGUUUAUAUGAAAACAUGAACCCUUCAAUUAAUAAUAAUAAUCAAAUAACUCAAGAGAAGAAGAGCUGUGGUUGGCGAAAUCAUAAAGGUUUGGGCGUACAGCCAAGUAACCUCAAGGAAGACGAAACAAAAAUAGGCGAGUUUCCCUGGAUGGCGGUUGUUUUAAGAAAAGAAUCGAGCCAUACGAAGAGCGAUACAAACAUUCGGAACAUAUACAUCGGCGGUGGGUCCAUCAUUCACCCAAGCGUGGUGCUGACAGCAGCUCACGUUGUUUCCGGUCCUGAGCUGUUCAUCCGCGCUGGAGAAUGGGACACGCAGUCAAAUAACGAGCUGUAUCCCUUGCAGGAUAGGCAUAUCAGCGAAAUUGUUAUUCACGACGAGUUUAAUAGUCGUAACUUGUUCAACGACAUCGCUCUCAUAUUCCUGACGAAGCCACUAGAAUUGGCGCCCAACGUGGGACUCGUUUGUUUGCCGGCACAGAAUGUACCAGUGCAAGAAGGCGUGAGAUGCAUAUCAACAGGUUGGGGCAAAGACAAAUAUGGAAAAAAUAGCCCUUUCCGAGUUGUUAUGAAGAAAGUGGAAGUACCGACAAUAAAUAAUGAGAUAUGUCAAUCAGCGUUGCGCUCGACCCGUUUGGGUAGAUUCUUCCAACUGCACUCCUCCUUUAUGUGCGCUGGUGGGGAGGAGGAUGUAGAUACCUGUCAAGGGGACGGCGGCUCGCCCCUCGUGUGUCCAAUUGGUAAUGAUCGCUACAUCCAGAAUGGUAUAGUCGCCUGGGGAAUCAGCUGUGGGUUGAAGGACACGCCUGGCGCUUACACCAACGUCACCAACUUCAGGUCAUGGAUCGAUAAUCAUGUCAUAGCCAAAGGAUACGACCCUGCAGUAUAUACUUAUUGAAUAUAAAAUAAAUUAUAAAAAAUAA